AUGAAAACAAAAAAAUGUCCAGAUAUAACAGGAGUAGCGAUGUCCGCAGAGGAAGAGGCGAGCGCACCGGCGGCGGGGCCCGCCCCCGAGUCCGCCCCCGCCGCCAGGGCCCCGACCGCGGGGGCGGAGGCGGAGGCGGCGGCGGCGGCCGAGGCGGUGCCUCACCUGCGCCGCCUGUCACUGCCCGGGGACUUCCCCUCGGGCGCCGUGCGCCACUACCACGCGUCAAGUCUUCCAUUAAGUGCUGUGAUUGAUGGCUUUGAAACAAGUGAGUAAGGUUGACACUACUUGACAAAGUACAAAUGAUUGAAAUACUGGGAGGGUCCGUGAAGUAGAUUUUCCAAGUGGCAGAGUAUGUCGCUCGUUGUUCUGCUGAGUCAGAGUUUUUGAAGAAAUCACUUUGUGCAAAAAAGAGUACAUCUAUAUUCGGGGCAUGCAUGUACGAUACGUCCAUAUUUGUACAUAAUAGUAUAGUUACGAAUAAAUAAACUUGAACGCAUAAAGAAAGAGG